GCGCUCGGGGAGCCUCGCUGGAGCAAGAACGCCGGCCCGCCCCUCUGCCCUCAGCGUGCCUCACUGCUGCCUAGCGGGCUGCCGAGUUCUCGCGUCCUUGGAUCUCUGGCGACGGGCGCGCGGUCCGCGGCUGCUUGCAACCUGCAAGGGGAAGCAAAGGCGCCUCCAAAGGGAUAUCGCACGUUGUCUUGGGUUUUGCCAGGGGAAUCCUCGGGAUGGAUUACACGCGACUGAUCCUUCCCUUGCUCUUUAUGAUCAGCCAAGGACUUCAGCAGGCAGAUGCUGAACUCCGCGCCGCCAAGCAGCCCUCCAGCGCCCCCUCGCCGCCGCGCCGGGCCAAGCGCUGCUCCUGCUCUUCCCUGAUGGACAAGGAGUGCGUCUAUUUCUGCCACCUGGACAUCAUCUGGAUUAACACCCCCGAGCGAACUGUGCCAUAUGGACUUGGAGGCCCUUCUCGAACCAGGCGAUCGCUGGAAGACUCACCUCUUGGAAAUCUGCCAGGUUCUCUCAGCAGAUGCCGGUGUGCUAAUCAAAAAAACAAGAAGUGUCUGGACUUCUGCCUGAGUGGGAAAGAGCACUGGGCUCAGUCCACCAAAGAAAAGGGUUGGAGACCUCUUCAUAAAGAAAAAGAUUGCAACGGGCUUGGGCUGAAAUGUGUAUACAAGCAGUUGGUUAACAUCAAGGAAAUGAGAAGGUUAGAUUCCAUUGGUAACAGUAUCAAAGCUGCUUUUAGUAUUGCCAAACUGAAGAGGAGGCUGCAUAAACCAAAACAGCUGAAGCAUAACCGAACAUAUAAAAAGCAAAACAUUUGGGAAAGCCUGAAGAUGACAUCUUAGUGGAAAGAUCACCAAACCUAAUCCUCAAGUCAUCAAGAAUUAAUGUCAAAGCAUUGCUGGGGCUCUGUUUUGACUUCUUAACAUUCCACUCCAGGAAAAGAUCAAGGAGUGUUGUUCUAAAUAUUAACUCUCUAAAGGUAAAGGAGGGCCCAAAUAAAUCUUCCAUUCGGACAGAUGACAAAGCGCUUCAAUGCUGCCACCCUUUUGGAAUUCAGUGAGCUGGGCUGGGUCACAGAACAGUCCUUCAGCUGACUUUUUUUUUUUUGGUGGGCUGUCAGAGGAAGAUGUGACAAAGCUGGGGCCCAGAUCGGAAGAGAGGGUAAAACUGGACCAGCAAGCUCAUUUGGUUUGGCAGGCUUCAAAUAUAUAACGUAAACUGCAUUCUGAUCGAGAAGAUCAGAAAUGACAAGGUCAGGAUCCGAAAGAGAAGAUGCCUGUGAUCUUGACUCAUGAAAUGCAAAGUGUCUGAGCAUAACAGGUCUACCUCACAUGCUGUGUGUUGCACUCUUGCUAAAGUAUUGCUAUAAUGUCCGUGUGACUUCAAGCAUCAGCUGCGACCUCUUAUUUUUAAGCAUUCGUCAUCAACACAUCUUGUUCACCAGGUAGUUUGUCCUGAAUCUUCAGGGCUGCAGAUCAGCAUUCUCUCGAUGCUGAUGAUGGAACGAAACCAAUAGUCCCCAUCCUAAGCACGGUGCAUACUUUGUGGGAAGUGGCUCUCAUUGUUUCUCAGUGGGUUAUUCUUUCAAGUAAGUGUGUGCUUCGGAGAAUGGAAGUAUGAAGGGGUUCAUUUCAAUGAACGGAGUUGAUCGUAUUGAGAGAAGCGGCACUCACACUUAAUGCAGCAGAGGAUCUAAUAGCGCUGAGUGUUACUGUGCUGACUUGGACAACUGAUGUCCUGAUAAGAGGUUGUUUUGCCUGGGCCUGAAUGAAAAUCUGGAAGGCAUCACAUGAUUUAAAACUAAGAUGGAUGGUUAAUGCUGAAUGAACAUUUCUAGCAGUGGAUUUAUCCAUAUGAUUGGGUUGUAUUUUGUAUGGUGUGCUUAUUUUUUUAUCUCUAUCUGUAUUUAUAUUCAGGAAAGGUGUCAUUAUAUUUACCAUGUUGAAUAUACAUUGAAGCAGGCCAUAUUGGUCUAUGCAUGUCUGUAUGAACAUUUCUGUAUGAAAUUGGGGAAAUGCCUUAUGUCUGUUAAGGUAAAUGUACUAGUAAUAAAUAUUUUUAACUACUGCA